AUGGUCGACACUGACGAUGUGCAGCUACUAUCGUCAACUACAAUCACAAGCUCCAGUGAACCAUCAACAUCUACUCGCUAUUCUGACAGCGAGGCCCCCCCAGAACGGGACGAUUGGUGGUACAAAGGAACAGACAACUUGUUCCUUAACCGGUCCGGAGAGCAUCAUUUCGUGGGUGCUUCGUCCACCACUCAUCUCGCCAAACGACUCAAUCCCGGGUCCACCAAUCUUGCAUGGGAUGUGCGCCCACUUUAUGAUGACCCUUCGUCACUAAGACGGCCAGUCGGUGCUACGCUUCCUCAAUUACCCCCUUUUGAGUUCGCCAAGCGAUUAUUCUGGGUGCAAUAUGCCUAUAUCGGAACUAUCUUCUCACUGAUCCACCCUGCAGAAUUUGAAGAAAGGCUCGACCUGGUCUACCAUCAACCACUCGACCUUUCGCAUCGAGAAUCGAGUUUGGUGUAUUGCCAGACUCUACUCGUCAUUGCGUUUGGCUUGAUGUAUUCUGUAAAUCAGUGGGCGGGCGAUGACGGCCCACCGGGAUUCAAGUAUUUUAAGCACGCGCUACGAUUCUUACCUGAUAUCCACGAAGAGGGCUCGAUUUUCUUUGUUGAGGUGUUAUGCUAUGUAGCAUACUACAUGCAAAACCUUAACCGACGUGAUGCUGCUUUCCUUUACAUCGGACUGGCCUUACGCAUGGCUAUCUCUUUAGGUCUUCAUCAAGAGGUUUCAGACCCAACAAUAAGUGAGGCAGACCGCAACCGUCGACGUCGGGCUUGGUGGUCUGUCUAUAGCUUGGACCGGAUACUUUCGGUCAAGUCUGGGAAUCCUAUCACCAUCCAUGAUGAAGACAUCGGUAUAACCUGGCCCGCAGCAGUGGAUGGAACAACCUUCGAUCCAUGGCCAUCAACUGUCCUCACUCAUUAUACAAAGCUCUCCCGUAUCUUGGGACGGAUUGGCGAAGGGACUUUGCCAGAAAUUUAUCGAAAGAAGCCCGGAUCUGGAUCCAACCUCAUUGCUUCUGUUCAAAGUAUAACAAAUGAUCUUUCUGGAUGGCUACGCCAGGUCCCUGAUCGUCUGCGUAUUGAUUUCUCCACACUUGACACUCAUAUCAAUCGGGAGUCAGUCUCGAUCAACUUACACUUUUACUCAUGUGUGAACAUGACUGCACGUCCGUUGGUAUUUUAUGUCAUUCAACGACGACUUGAUGCAGAAGCCCUUGGGUCCGCCACAGAAGAUUGGAAGGAAGGGCUCGCCCCAAACACCGUUGCUGUUAUUGAUAGCUGCAUCACAGCUGCGCGAGCAACCACCUUAAUAAUGGAUGCAGCUGCAAAACACAAUCUCAUUGCUACGUAUGGUUACCUUGAUGGCGAGUAUAUCUUCUCCGCUGCACUGCUGCUUGUCAUGGUGAAUGCUGCAUUCCCGCCGAAUGAAACCAGUGCACGAGCCAUGGAGACUGCACUGAACCUUCUUCGGGGAAUGGCUGAUCGUGGAAACACCUAUCUGGGCUCACGCCAUUCACUAUUGCUGGAACUCCGGGCUGCCAUUGUGACUAGGUCUGCUGCAAAUGACACCGAUCGCGCGAGCUCGGCAGGCCUGAAGGUCCCAUUAACGCCGACAACUGAGCACGGCACAAGCCUCACAGAGGAGAAAGAAGAUAUGGCAUCUCAACUAGGAGCCUCACAAGUGCUUGCUCCUGGGUGGCCACAGAACGAACUCCCCUCAUUCCGAGAUAUUGCCUUUCAGUUCGACCUGAACGAUGAUCCGGCACUCUGGGAAGGGGCCUUGGACCAGAUUGAUAUUGAUAUGGAUACCGACUGGAUUGAGAAUACACUAAAGCGAUAG